AUGCCGCCCGGCACAAAAUUCCCCUACAACCCAUCCACCUCCAUCCCCAACCUAUCCGGAAAAGUCAUCCUAAUCACAGGCGCCAACACAGGCCUCGGCAAAGCCACAGCCCUCGAGCUCUCCAGACAUGGACCCGCAGAGAUCUGGAUGGCCAGUCGAGACGUGACAAAAGGCCAGAAAACAGUCUCCGAAGUCCAAGCCACUGCGUCUCCGGGAACCAAAAUCCAGUUCCUGCAACUAGAUCUCUCCUCGUUCGCCUCGAUAAAGUCUGCGGCUGGGGCAUUCCUCGCGGACGCGGAACGCCUGGACGUUCUGUAUCUGAAUGCAGGCAUCUUCGGCGCCCCAGCAGCCCUGACAGAGGACGGCUACGAAGUCCAUAUCGGCAUCAACCACCUUGGGCACGCUCUUCUCUUGAAACUCCUCACGCCGCUUCUCCUCUCUUCCGCAGCCUUGCCACCGGGAAGUGACGUCCGAGUCCUAGGAAAUCUUCUCUACGCACAAGAAGUAGCUGAGCGGUAUCCACAGUUCAAGACGGUUGCUGUGCGUUAUGGGGAAAUUGGUACGGAACUCUUCUCGAGGGAGGCGGGGGACGAGCAAAACGAAGUAGCACCUCUCCAUGAUAUCGGGAUUGAGGAGGGUGUGAAGAACCCGCUCUGGGCGGGGACGGCUCCGGAGGUGGUAAGCGGAACGUACUACGAGCCGGUAGGAGUCGGUGGUGUAGCCACCGGGUUGGCACAUGAUCGUGAGAUGCAGAACAAGCUGUGGGAGUGGACCAAAAGUGAGCUCGCGGGCCAUGAGAUCUGA